AUUUGUUUGGUUGUCUUCUUCUUUUUUCUUUAUAAUCUAUCCAUGAAAUGAAGAACAAGGGAAGAAGUAACAGUGGUUCUGUAAUUGGGUUUGGGGGUUUUCUGGGUUUUUCAUGGCGGCUUGUAAUUUGUUAGGUGAAGGGAAUAAUGGGAGUAAUGGAAGUAAUGGCAGCCAUGAAAUUAGUCCACUGACGGUGACGACGACAACCAUGUCGAAUAGUAGCAGUGGGAGUAAUCCUUCAGAGAGGAAGAUGGUGAGGAAGAGGAUGGCACUGAAAAUUGUGGACUACCACUGGUUUCCUUGUCGGAGUUUGCCUUCAAAGAAUGUAGUCGGGUGUUCUUUCUUGGCGACGACUAUGGUGGGUAAUGGUGUGGGUAAUGGCGACGACCGGUAGCUGGGCGAACAGAGCACAAGGGCUCAAAAAACUCUGCAGAGUAAAUUCACCAUGAAAUU